CCCGAAAGCUAUAACCUUGGGCAAGGUACCAUGCCUUUAUUUCACCUCCUUCUCCAAAUAUCAACAGUCGGUUCGAUCUACGGACAAAUUUAUAGCUACUAAAGGUACUUUCGUUCUUCUUUCUCACUUUGUUUUUAAGCUGGACGGAGUGGGCCGUCAAGACAACAGCAUUCCAGUCCAGAAACACAACACUCGCUUCGUCCUUUCGGCCCCUCGCCGCUACCAGAGGGGUUUCUCAUCACAAUUGCAAGAAUGAACUCAGUUCAGCGACCUUUCCUCUAUGAUCAGGAAAAGUACGAUGAUGCACGUUUCCCUCCGACCACGUUCGAUCCCAAGGCCGUCACUCGUGCCAGUUGGGAGGUGAAACCACCGCGACCCAAGCAAGAAGGACCAUUAGUCAAGUUCAACCAGCAUCCUGAUGCUCAAGCCGUUCUCUCGCACCGGUCCAACAACAAGAGGAUUGGCGAACGAACAAAGAGAUGGAUCGUCCGCUUGAGAGUUGUGCAGCUCUGUCUGCGGGUUCCUGAGCUGAUUGGAGCAGUCGGUAUCCUUGCCAUGUUCAUUCUCUUGACAGAUGUCCCGGAGUUGACUUCUUGGAUCAUGCGCAUUUCUGCUGCCGGAAUCACUACCCACAACACAUACUCGAUAUAUCACCUCCAGCGACCUGCAGGAGAGCGUUCACCCGCCUCUUCUGCCGGCUACAUGGUCUUCUCGUCUCUUUUUGAUCUCACCGGUCUCGGACUGUUCACGUUUGGUGUUAUUGCCGUCAUCAAUGACAGUAUGCAUUGGGGAUCCCUGAUUCGCGGCCCUUCGCAAUUGCGCGAAUACUUCAUCAAGGCUGCCUACUACGCUCUGAUUGCUAGCGCCGGCCUUCACUUCGUCUCCUUCAUCAUCUCGGCCUGGCUUGCUUACCAGUUCCGUCAGAUCACACACCUGCCACCCGAUAUGAAUCCUCUCGAGUCUCAUUUGACUGCGCGUCGCGUCCAGGCCGGCCGCCGUCGCAAGGACCACAAGCGCAACAAGUCCUCGGUUGCGACUACGUCCACUAGUUUCACGGUGGGCAGCACAAGUCGCCUUUCUACCCCCAUCGAGUCCCACCACCGCUCUGGUGCGCCCUAUAAAGAUGUUUCGGUUCAACCACCGUCUGUCCCCUUUUCCCACACCAGGCGUGGUAGCGAUGUCAGCGUGUACUCCAAGAGGGACUCACGUAUCGACCUUCCGAGCCAUAUGUACCAGACAUACUCCCACAGCGCUCCGAGAGAUAGCAUCAGCAAUGCGCAAUCACACGCCACGGCCCAGAACCUGCAAGGACCAGUCCGCCCUAUGUCGGUUGCUUCCAUGUCCACAUCACCCCCAUCAUAUCACCCUACUCAGCCGCAAACACAGUCUCGCGGCUUGUACUCAGGAGUUCCACUUGAUGAGCAAUCAGGAGCCCCAGGAUCCCGCGGCAGCAGCAGUGGCAGCAGCCAGGGCCGUCAGCCCAAGUUCACCGAGUCCUGGAUGCCGACCAAGUCCCUUAUCCACCGCACGCAGCAACGCCAGCAGAUGGCCAUCAACAACCUCGUUCUUAGCGCUGCCAUGGGAGAUCGUCCUUAUUCAGUGAUCAGCCAGCGUCGUGAUCUCGGUCAUGACGACGGCGUUUCGGACGAGUCCGACGACGAGAAUGAGAUUGUUGCCAAUGGUGGACUCUAUGACGACGCUUCCCGGUACCGCCGGAACAUUGCGCCCGAUGCUGACGAGUCCGAUCUCGGUAGCAGCGCCCCGCCACCAGUCCCCUCACACCGACACACUGUUUAUCUAGACAAUCAUCAUCCUCUUCGCCUGAACCCUUCGACGCCCCCACGGCCCCAGACCCCAUUCGAAUACCGCCCAGGCACUGCCGUAUCUGAUAUGACCACCGACCCCCAUGCCUCCAACCACAGCCAGGACAUUGCAGACUUGACCCCCUCCGCUGAGGUGAUCGACACUCCGCCAAAGGCUUCCCGUCGCAAGUCGUUUGGUCGCGAAAUCAGCAAGCGCAUGACCUGGGCCGGCCGGCAGAGAGACAGCUCCAUUCAGCCAGAGUCUGGCUUUUACUCCAAGCCCUAUGGUGACCUCCGCUCUCGCACGCCGCCCGAGAUGGUGACGACCGUCAACAUCAAGGUCGCUGGAACAGGCGAAGGCCGCACCCACACGGAAUCCCCUCGCCAAGUGUCGACUGGCAACGACUAUUACGACAUGGGCAACGGCGUCGGCAACAUUUAUGCUAGGCGGAACGUCAGCGGCAAGAUGGCUGAGGAAGGCCGUGCCGGUGGAGCCAGGAACUUUUUCUGAACCAGGCUUCAUUGAUUUCUUCGGUUGGAGGUUACGCAGGCUUUCUGGUUUUAUGGAAAAAGGCGUUUAAGGGGAAUUUGACUGAACUUGGGUUUUUUGUUUUACUUGGCGUUAAAAACAGGGUUAAUUUGGAAGGGGAACUUAGUUGACCGGCUUGUAUCUGAUGUUGGAAGAGUUUGGAGGCACUGUCGCUUCGGAAAAGCGACGCUUACAUGUUGGACCCUGUGGGACAUUCUUUUUUUUUUUUUUUUGAGGGGGGGCGUUUUGUGUUUGGAUUAACGUGGGAGGUUCCUGAUUUGUUGGCUUUAGUAACGACGCCAUUUUGCUCCGCGAAUCCAUGUAAUGAUAGGAUAGGUAGAUUUUACGUAGCUAUAUCAACCAUGCAUAAGGCAUAACAUUGUGUGUCC